AUCCCUUCAUCAAAUCCAAUUUCCCCUCUUUUUUCUUCUUAUUAUAAUUUCAUUACUUUGUUUUAAUUCUGCUUAAUUAAUCGUUUAUUCAUCAUUUACAUCGGAAUUUAGAUACUGGUACAGAUCUAACGUAGCUUGAUUUGGUUUUUAUCGCUUCAAUUUCAUAGUUCCUGUUCUCGAACGCUGUUGGCUGAACCAUGGAGCAACCGAAAAGGUUACUCCUUGAUCAUUGGGUCGAGUCAUGGACUUAUGGAAACAAAACAACUUUUGUACAAAGAUUUUUCUUCCCAACUCUUGGAAACCUAAAGAUGGGAGAGAGCCUCGGUGCGCCGGGGUCUCCUUUUUGUUGGCGGAUUUUUAUUUUAUUUUCUUUUGCUUCAUAUGUUUUUUUCUUGCAAUUUUGGUUGUUUGCAGAUAAUCAACGAUGAGUCGAUCAGAUGGACCCCACAGGCCGUUUCUCCCAAUUGGGAAUCCGUUUAAAAUGAUGAUGCACAAAACCUCUCAUCUACCAUCAGCGGUACUAAUCGCUUACGAGAAAAAUCUAGCCGAAAGGUUUCGCCAACUGAAACCAAACAACGCAACCGAUGUCAUUAGCUUUUCAUGGAUGAAAUCCGCAUUGGGCUCUAUCUGUGAGACACUUAAUGACAUAAGAAAACUCAUUGUAGAUUUGGAACUCCCUAUAUGUAGCUGGGACGGCAAAUGGGUCGAUAUGUACUUAAACAACAGUUUGAAUCUACUUGAUUUUUGCAGUGCUUACGGGACCGAUAUCGUAAGACAAAGAUUCGGCUAUGUCAUGUUGAAAUGCGCGUUACUCGAUCUAGAAUCCGGUAAUCCACAAAAGCUCAUGCUGGCAUCUUCUUCGUUUCAUGAAUGGAUGCAAUAUCAAAGGCGGUAUGACAACUCGAAACUACAGGAUUGUUGUGAUGUCAUAUCCAAGCUUGAGGAAACGCUUAACUUGCCGAAAAUCAAGAACAUACCCAAAGCAAAGGACCUGGUCCGAGCCAUGUACGGACUCAAGGUUCAGACCAUGUUCAUUUUCAGCACGUUAGUGGCUGCAUUUUCAACUACAUGUCGGACUCUUGUAGAUUUGCAGGUUCCCAAAGAGUAUUUGUGGCAUGAAUCGUUUACCGAAUUGCAAACCGUUAUGAACGGUGAAAUCAAGAACAUUUAUGCCUCUGGGGAUAUUUAUACAUUAAAGGAGCUUCGAUUACUUGACGAAAACGUCAAGAAACUGUACCCUUUGCUUCAUGAUGGGUUGGGUGAAGUAACGCAGGAGGUUUUCCAUGGGUAUUGUUCCAAGUUGAUGGAAUGUAAUGAGAAGUUUCUGGUGGGGUUAGAUGAACUUAAAUCGGAAAUGGAUCGGUUUUUCAAAGUCGUCGUUGACGGGCGUAUGGCUUUGUUGGACAAUUUUCAACAGCAGCCACCCAGAAGAGGUGUGCAGCAGGUUAGAAUGUGAUUUUCGUUGGAAAGUUCUUCGAUAUUAUCGUAUGUGUAUAGGUGUUUCGGUCAACUAUGUUCGUCAUGUUGUCUUUAUGCUGUAUCUCGGUUGCCUUUUGUUGGUAGGUACUUGGGUUAUUAUAUGUGUUUUGUUUUGGCAUCAAAUUUGCCGAUAUAUGUUUAUUGUCGUAGAGAAACUUGCUAUAGAUUUUGUUAAGCAUUUUGAACAGGUUUUGGCAUCUUUAGACA